AUGUCAAUGAAGUCCGCAAUCCAUAACACAUUCACAACAAACAAGAAAGAAGAUGAUCCGGAAGAGCUAGGACAUCUACCGACAUCUAAUUCCCAAACAGCUUGUUCAGAAUCAGGCCCUCCGGAUGGCGGGUUUCAGGCCUGGGGACUGCUUUUGGGUGGUAAGCCUUUUCUCGUGCAAUUUUGCGGCUUCGGAUACAUAGCGUCUUUUGGAGUUUACCAAGACUAUUACACACGAAUUUACAUGACCAACCAUUCACCAUCUGCAAUAUCAUGGAUUGGUGCAUUGACCUCAUUCCUCUCAGUCAAUAUCACGUUGUUCUCGGGUCCGUUGUACGACCGAGGGUGGUUUUAUCAAUUGAUGGUUGUGGGGUCGCUGCUCCAAUCACUAUCCUUGUUCGCUUUAUCCUUCACAAAGCCUGAUCAGCUUUACUUGGCUUUUAUCGUUCAAGGCGUCCUUUCUGGGUUUGGGAUGGGCCUAAUGUCCGGUCCCACUAUCGCGGUCGUCUCUCAGCACUUCUCCAGAAAACGUACAUUGGUGAUGUCUCUGGUCUCAUCCGGUACACCGCUCGGUUCCAUGAUCCAUCCGAUCAUGCUCAAUCACCUUUUAAAUGGUACUGUUGGCUUUGCCAAUGGUGUUCGCAUCAGUGCGGGUUUUGUCAGUGCUCUGCUAUUGAUCGCCUGUUUAUGCAUGCGUACAAGAGAACUUCCGGCGCCGACUGUCGGUUAUACUGUAGUGGCGCGAAAAUGCUCUCGCGAGGUUCUCUUCAUCCUCAUGACUGUUGGGUCAACAUUAUUUCAGAUCGGGUUUUUCUUCCCUGUGUUUUACUUGCAACUGGACUCUACCAAACAUGGGAUUGACAUCAACUUCUCGUUCUACUCCCUUGUGAUAAUGAAUGCAGCCUGUUUUAUCGGACGCUGCACGUCAGGAAUAAUUGUGGCGUAUACGGGGGUGUUGAACUUCACGAUCGCAUCCACUGUCGCAUGUAGUGCCGUCAUAAUAUCCAUGAUGGCUCUGAGUGACGUAGCCGGUGUGGUCAUGUUAGGACUUACAUAUGGCUACUUUUCUGGAGUUUACAUCGCGUUGUUAGUCCCAUUGGUGGCUGUGUUGACGCCCGAUUUGUCUGAGCUAGGAGCGCGAAUGGGCAUAUGUUUUGCCUUCACUGCCUUUGGCGGAUUACUUAGCGGCCCAAUCUCAGGCGCUUUGCUCGGUCCUCAAUAUAAAUGGUGGAUAGCGUCGCUCUUCAGUGGGUUGAUCUCCCUCGUCGGAAGUUCGAUACUCGUGGUGAUGCGCCUGAUUAUAUACCGCCGGGGAAUAAACAAAAGCCCAUCCAUAGCUGGCGGGGAUACGUGAAUCAGUUGUUCCGUUGGAUUCUGUCGAGGCCGUUAUUUAUUCGUGUUGGAUCAUUGGAAAGAAGCGGUAACCUUCGGUCGUUAGUUAUUGACACACAUGUCAUUACACUACAUUUGUACACUACAUUUGAACUAUCUUUCUCCUCAUUU